AUGCUCCUUUCCCCACUCCCGACCCUGGUCCUCUCCCUCCUCCUCGCCACCAACACCCUAGCAAAUCUCCACUCCUACGGCGUCUGCGUCAAAGACAGAGUCCAACAGCCCAUCGGCGGCACAGCCGGGAGCGUCUCCUACACCUGGAGCGACGACUACACGAUCCUAGCCGCCGAGACGGAAUGCGCGUGCAAUUACUACAAGGCGAGGAAUACAGGCAGUGAGCAGUGGGAUACGUGUCCCGAUUGUACGUAUAAUGGGUUGGAGUGUCAGAGUGAUGGGUGGCAUAUUGGUGGGAAUGAGGUGAGUGAGAGAUUCUGA